UGUCCUUCUCUGGUAGAUGGCUGACCAGCAGGCGGCCAUGUUUGGAGAGUGCUGCUUCGAUGUGGGCGACGUUAAGAUCACCAUGGGAACCGGCACCUUCAUGGACAUCAACACUGGGAGCAAACCGCACACGUCUGUAGCAGGUCUGUACCCGCUGGUGGGUUGGAAGAUCGACUCGGACGUGGUGUACCUGGCGGAGGGGAACGCGGCAGACACGGGAACAGCCAUCAAAUGGGCCCAGGAGCUCGAGCUCUUCUCAGACGUCAGCCAGACCAGCGACAUGGCGUACAGCGUGGACCACUCAGACGGAGUCUGCUUCGUUCCGUCGUUCAGCGGCCUGCAGGCGCCUCUGAACGACCCCAGAGCGUGCGCCUCCCUCAUGGGCCUCAAGCCGUCUACAACCAAAAGCCAUCUGGUCCGAGCCAUCCUGGAGUCGGUGGCCUUCAGAAACAAGCAGCUGUAUGAGACGAUGCUGAGAGAAACCCACAUUCCCAUCUCAAAGAUCCGGGUGGAUGGAGGCGUUUCCUCCAACGACUUCGUCCUGCAGCUGACGGCGGACCUGUUCGGCAGGAAGGUGGUGAGACCCCAGCACCGGGAGAUGUCUUCUCUGGGGGCGGCGUUUGUCGCAGGCCUCACCGUGGGGUUCUGGGCGACCCGAGAAGAGCUGAAGAAGCUGCAGAGCGCUGAUAAGGUGUUCCUGCCUAAAGGCGUCUCUAAAGGCGGCGGCGCCGGACCGGAUCAGGAAUACAUCCCCGUCCUCCAGAGCUGGGAGAGAGCCCUGAGGCGCUCCAUGAACUGGUACAAGCCCUGACGGGAUACAGGUGCAGGAGGUCCAGGUGCAGCGUGAACGGAGUCAAACGCAGAGCCGACCCCCCGCUGAAGUGUGCGAGUCGUGUUCCGUGUGGGCGACGCCGUACUGAGAGUUUCUGGUGAGGAGGACCUGUUGGAGGCGUAAAAUGGAUCCAAAGUCGCCACAGAUCCAGUUUUCUUGGUUUGGAUCUAUGGAGCGAAUUUUGUUCCAUUAUUGUUGCAUUAUAUAGCUAGGCACCUGUUUUACAAAUGGAAAUAUGGAAAAAAAUGCAAUCCAGAAAUUCAACUUUGAAACAUCUUUGGAGAAAAAAAUCAAUUCAGUUUAUUUCUAAAGAGCCAAUUCACAUCAUAUCAUCUCAAGGCACUUUACAGUUCACCAGAUCAUCCAAGUUUUCUA